AAAGAGAUACUACCACGCAAGCCCAUCACGUUGCCGGCCACAUUCCAAACCUCUCUCCGCGUUUCCAACUACCUACUUUACCAAGGCGAAGGCCGAUUUAUCACUUAUUACUUUUUCGUUUGUUUUUCCCUAUUAUCACAUCGACACGGCAGAAACACCAACUGUUUAGCGAUUAACAAGGCACCCCAUCCUUCGAGUCGAGAUACCCCUCAUAUUAACGGCGCCAUGUUGCUGAAGCCCCUCACACUGGUGGCGGGCCUUCUGGCCGUCCCAGCCGCGCGCGCAUUCCUUAUCCCUCCCGAAGUUAGCGAUACCGACAUCCAGGUCGCCAAUACCAUCGCGGGCAUCAACUCCCACGUCACCGAUGUUCAGAUCGUCGAUGUCAACUGCCCCGGCUGCCCGGUCCUGUUGACGAACAGACGGGGCAAGAGUGUCCAGUUCAAGACCAAGUUCCCAAGCCAUCUCGAGCUGGCCUUCUCCGUCGACCACCUGGCCGACCACGACCGCCUGCUGCUGAACGGUGUCGAGCUCUAUCCCUCAGGCGAGACGAUGACCACGACCGUCAAAGCGCCACAAAUCGUCGACCGAAAGCCCAAGGGGAAGCGGCAUCACCCCGAUGGCGAGAAGCACAAGGGCAAGGGCCGUUAUAGGGUCUACCCUCAACCGCAGCAGUUGAGCUUUGCCGUGCAGGUUGCGACCACGCCGAAGGACGCCGAAGGGAAGGUUGUGGUGGAUAUCGAGUUCCAGGUCAUGGCGGUUGGCCCCACCUUCAUCGACGGAAUUCCCAGCGUCAAGGUCAACAUCAUCCAGGACGGCGAAGGCCGCUUGAUCAUCUCUCAAAUCCAAAAGGGCGAGCCCAGCAACGUAUUCCUCAAGAAGCUUCCCGGCGGUGACACAAAAGAGUGCACUACCUCGGUAUGCAGGUGGCUAGCCGCUGCCCUGGAAAAGAUCAAGAGCUUCAAGGGCAUUGGUCACUGCGCCAACAAGGGCGGCGAGAAGUCGCCCAUCUCCGACGAGGCUUCUCACUCUCACCCCCACGCCCAUCGCCCCGUGACCGGCCACGGCCACCAGGAGCACCGCUGGGGCAAGCUGUUUAAGCACAUGGCCUCGCACAUCCUGCUGCCCGUGCUCAUCGGCAUCGUCGCCGGCGUGACCGUCAGCCUCAUCGGCAUGGCCGUCGGCACCGUCCUUGUCUCCCUCUGGCGCCUCUUCUUCCGCCGCCGCAGCAGCAGCAGCACCAGCGGCCACCGCCGUCGCCACUCGCACCACAAGGCGCCGCGCAAGGAGGUCGUGGUUGUGGAGGAGGAGAAGGCCGGCCUGAUGGAGAACCAGGACGCGCCCCCGUCGUAUGAGGAGCAGGAGACCCCGAAGACGCAGGUCUAGAGAGGAUAGGACAGGAGGCGGGAAAAGGGGCGUUGAGUAUAGCGGUGUCGUUGCUGUAUGAGUAUAGGGGGAACAAGCAGUGCAGCGGUUGGUUUGGAUGCGGAGUUUUCAGCAGGCGUUUUAGGGGUUUCAGCGGUUGGUUGGGAGGUUGGGAGAUUGGGAGAUUGGGUUGGGGAUUUUGACGGGAUUGGGGAUACAGAACCUGGGUUGAGAUCCCCGACACUCCUUUUCUGGGCAUCUUGGGUUGGGGGUUGGAUGUGGUCUGGUCUGGUCCGGGUCUGGUUUGGUCUGACGUUGGAUUUCCUAUUUUUCCUUUUUUAUACCCACGAUACAACCACAUUCCUUGAGCAUCGACACCCACAAAAUAUGGGCUUUUUCCUAGGCUGGGCUUGGUUUGAUGAUUGACAUCCCCCCUUGAGGGCAAAUAACAAUACAUGUUUCAUUGUUACAAUAC